GGCCGAGUCUACGUGAUUACGAUAGACGAGCUCUUCCUGCCAUUGACACGGCCGAGAGAGAGGCAAUCCAAUCCACACACUGACUUCAAUUUUUACAAACCAUAAGCAAUCGAUCUAAGACAAGAUGUUCUACACCUGUGGUCCCAAUGAGGCGAUGGUGGUCUCAGGUUGUGGUCGAUCUCCUCCACUAUUGAUUGCAGGAGGAAGAGCGUUUGUUCUUCCCUGCAUUCAGCAAAUCCAGCGGAUAUCUCUCAAUACCCUGACACUGAAUGUGAAGAGUGACAAGGUGUACACUAGACAUGGAGUCCCUGUUUCUGUGACAGGCAUUGCCCAGGUGAAGAUCCAGGGGCAGAAUAAAGAAAUGCUGGCCACAGCCUGUCAGAUGUUCAUGGGAAAGUCUGAGACAGAGAUCGCUGAGAUUGCUUUGGAGACACUCGAGGGACACCAGAGAGCCAUUAUUGCUCACCUGACUGUGGAGGAGAUCUAUCAAGAUCGUAAAAAGUUUUCAGAGCAAGUAUUUAAGGUAGCGUCCUCUGACCUGGUCAAUAUGGGCAUUGGUGUUGUCAGCUAUACACUCAAAGAUGUUCAUGACGAUCAGGAUUAUCUAACCUCACUGGGUAAAGCUCGUACCGCUCAAGUGCAAAGAGAUGCUCGUAUCGGUGAAGCUCAGUUCAAGAGAGAUGCUGUCAUCAAGGAGGCUCAUGCCAUGCAGGAGAAGGUCUCUGCUCAAUAUAAAAAUGAGAUUGAGAUGGCUAAAGCACAGAGAGAUUAUGAGCUGAAGAAAGCUGCAUAUGACAUUGAGGUCAACACUAAGAAGGCGGAGUCAGAAAUGGCCUAUCAGCUUCAGGUGGCAAAGACAAAGCAGCGUAUUGAAGAGGAGAAGAUGCAGGUUCAGGUUGUGGAGCGCACACAGCAGAUCACAUUACAAGAGCAGGAAAUCACUCGCAGGGAGAAGGAGCUGGAGGCUAAAAUCAGGAAACCAGCUGAUGCUGAGCGAUACCGUAUUGAGAAGAUUGCAGAGGCAGAACGACUUCAGUUGAUCAUGGAGGCAGAGGCUGAGGCAGAGUCCAUCAGAAUGAGGGGUGAGGCUGAGGCCUUUGCAAUGGAGGCAAAGGGUCGUGCUGAGGCUGAGCAGAUGUCCAAAAAGGCUGAAGCUUUUAAACAAUACAAAGAGGGAGCCAUGGUGGACAUGCUGCUGGAGAAACUACCACUGAUGGCAGAAGAGGUCAGCAAGCCACUCUGUGCUGUCCAGAAGGUUACCAUGGUGUCCAGUGGAGGAUCAGAGGUUGGUGUUGCUAAGCUGACAGGAGAAGUUCUGGAAAUAAUGACUCGCCUGCCGGCCACAGUGGAGAAACUGACUGGAAUCAACAUCUCACAGGUUUCCUCAACCCGCAUGGGCUAAUGGAGAAGGAAUCAGGCCUAAUACACUCUGAUGUUGGAUCUCAGCUCUUCCUGUCUGUGUGCAUAUAUGCAUGCCUGUGUUUGUACUAAAUCUGAAACAUUGAGGUCAAUGUAGUUUUUUAUUUUUAUUUUUGUAAUCCUCCAUGUUAUAACAUUAGAUUGUUUUAAUAUUCUGUUUUGUGAAGUACAGUUUAUUACAUCAUCAUAUAAUAUUUGUUUUAAGUUCAUUGAAGUAAUUUGUAUGCUUUACAGCUUCUAUCAGUGAAUAUUCAGGGAAGCAGGGGUAUAGAUUAUCUCACAACAAUCUCAGUCUUUCAUUUUGGAAUAGUUUCUAUAUUUCUCUUUGUUUAGUUAGGGCCACACAUCUGUUGAUUCUGGUUCACAAAAACAAAGUGCAUUUAUGACCAAUGCAUGUAAAUAAGUGCAUUACUGAAAGCUUAGUCUGCAUGCAUGCUGCCUUAAAUAUCCAGAUAAGCCAAAACCGAACACUGUAAUGUAACUCGUUAUUCUUGCCUUUUUUAUCAUCUGUGAUUCUUUACUGUAGCUGCUUUGAAAUCCUCUCUCAGAAUAUGUUGUGAGAGAAUAUAUAAUUUUAUAUUGGGUGAAUACUCUACCUUUUUCUUUUUAUAUUGGUAAAUUGUAUGUAAUAUAGUACGUUUCAGAUACUCUUCAGACAGGUCUCUAUGUGCUGUGUUCUGUCUGUUCUGUGAAGAGAUUUUACAGGAGGCUGAAAAGUGAGAGGUGGUGGGAAGCAAGUGAAUAAAAGAAAGCCAUUGUUUUUGAAGUUUGAUGAACAAACAGAAAAAAGAAGAAGAAAAAGAGGUUUGGUUUCAAUGCUGGCCACCAACAUAUCUCUGUGCCCACAGAAACUCCAGUGAUGGCUGAUGAAGGUUUAAUUUCUCAUGUAUUUUUUUUUCAAUGUGUCUUUCUGCUCUGUAGUUUACUGUAAGGUAUCACUGUUACCAAAGGUAAGCCUGUGCAUCUUCAGUUUAAAGGGAUUGUUCACCCAAAAAUGUGAAUUCUGUUUACAUUACUCACCCACAUGUUGUUUCAAACCUAUGUAAUGCACUUUCUUACUUGAAACACAAAAGGAGAUGUUAGUCAGAAUGCUAGCCAGUCACAUUUCACGUUCAUUGUAUGGUGAAAAGAUCAAAUGAAAAUGAUUGAAGUGAGGUUAACAUUCUACCUAACAUCUGUUGUGUUCCCCAGAUGAAAGAGCCAUUUAGAACAACAUAAGGGUGAGUAAAUGAUGACAAUUUUAAUUUUUAGGUGAAUUAUCCCUUUAAGCCUUUAUUCCUCACCAAGUGCCUGAAAACUACUGUUUACAUCCUCACUGAAUCAAACUUUCAUCUGUCUGCUAAGUUCUCUCGAUCUGUCUGGUGUUUCACAAGACUGGUGUGUCAUCUGAUACUUCCUGUGGCCUCAUUUACUCAUUUGCAGAAUAUGCAGUCGAUAUGCCAUUAGUUUUUUUUUUGUCACUGGGUUAAUUUGGUCUAAUUGUUCUGUUUUGUAUAUGUCAAAGUAACCCUGCAUUUGCCUUAGUGUAUGCUCAAUGGUGAUGUUUUCACUUUUAAACUGAUGAUUAAUCUAUAUAUCCAGGCUGACAUUCAUACACGAUUAUACAAUUAUGUAUUAAUAUAACAAUAAACCAUUUGUGUGCACUGUUA